AUGCAUUUGCAACCCCACCCAAUUAAUAUUUUGGUAGGAGGAGCGCUGAACCAUAAUUCUUUUUUCUCUAGAUGGACACAUUACCUUUCUCUUGGAAAAAGAAUACCUGGAACACGCUUCAUUGCUUUUAAAGUCCCUCUAAAGAAGAGCUUUGAAUGGAGGCUUGCCCCAAAUGAGCGUUUUUCUCCAUUAGACCUUGUUAAUCAGGUUAGAGAGCAGAAAGAAGAACUUGGUUUGAUUAUUGAUUUGACGUAUACUACCCGCUAUUAUGAGCCAGAGGAUCUGCCAAACACAGUGCAGUAUUGCAAGAUUUUAACAGUGGGGCAUGAAGUACCAGAUGGAGACACAAUCCAUAGGUUCAAAAGUGCCGUGAAAAAGUUCCUGAUGGAAAACCAACAUAACGACAAGCUCAUCGGAGUUCACUGCACACAUGGCUUGAAUCGAACGGGUUACCUUGUUUGCAGGUACCUGAUUGAUGUUGAAGGAAUGGAUCCAAACACAGCAAUUGAAUUGUUCAACAGCUACAGAGGGCAUUCUAUAGAGAGGAAGAACUACAUUGAAGACCUUCAGAGAGGAUCGAGCAGGAGAAGAAAUAAUCACACGGCAGUUCCAGGAAGCCAUUGGAUUCAAGGACCUUGUGGCCCUCUUCCGAAUCCUGGUUUCGAAGCAGCCGAAUACAGCCCACAAAGCUUGCAGCCAUUUCCCUCGGAAGCACAAAGGCAUUUCUCUCCUACAAGAGGAGGGCACAGGCAACACCCACACAAAAAAAUGUGUCUUACCCGGAAUGUCGUCACCUGUUACAAUGAAGGCCAGUUUGUUUACAGUCCUCAAUACCCGCCUCAGUACCCCCCUGCAGCAAACACUAUCCAGCAGAGACCAGGUUACAGCACCCAGCCCAACCACAGAGCACUCUACACACCCUACCAGCAACAUUUCCAAGGAUAUCAAAGACCGAAUUUUCACCUGCAGAAUUCUCAUUAUUCGCUGCAACAGGGAAGGUAUAAAAUAGAUAGACGACCCCGCUGGAAUUCUUAGUGAUGGGAACAUAACAGGCAAGGAGGACAAUUUCAAAUUCACGGAAGACAAAUCAAUUGGUUUGCUGUGUAUUCAGUGGAUGAGAAUUCACUGUUAUACUGCUCUGUUGCCAACAGACUUCUAGUGUGUAUGUGUGAAUCAAUGCUAUCAAUAACUGCUUGUAAUUUGCUUGAUUUUAAAGUUAUUUUUUGGUGCCAGGUUACAAACAAGAUGUAACUGUUCCUGCUAAUAGGAGAACACAGAUGAGAAGCUUGAUUAGCUGAACUCAUGAGAUGCCCCUGUGUUGCUGAGUCUUCUUACACAAAUGCUGCUAACCUAUUGAAUUUAACAUUUCUGUAAAAUAAUGAUUUUCAUCUGCUGCAGUUUAACAUGCAACAUUUAAUUACAUGCACAAAAUGCAGCACUACCUUCGCAAGCAUUUUCUUGAAAAUACUGUACUAACUGCUUGUCACAUGGAUCAUUAAGAUAGAUUUUUUAAAGAACUAUUUUUGGGCUACAGGCUCAAUUGAAUGUGUUGUGUGACUCAUAUAAUUCCUUUAAAAUGGAUGUAGAUGAAUUGGCUACCAGAAGACUUUAAAAAUUAUAUCGUGUGGCAUCAGGCUGUCACCUUAUAUAUAUAUAUAUUUUUUGCAUUAUAACAUUUUGUCUGCAAAGCAGGUAAUGUGAAAGAGUGCUGAGACAGUCCAGCGGCGAGGAGUAUUCGGCUGCUGAGUCAGUGGCUGGACGUUUGAAUUCCCAUUGCAGCUUUUGAGACGAGGGAGGGUAGCUGAAAUCACUUGGAGGGUGUGCGUGCAGCUCAGGGGCUUAUAUGUUUUGCUCUCCAUGCAGCCUUGGGCAAGCUGCAUGGUGAUCCUAGAGUGGAAAGACCAGUAAGCCAUGUCUACUACAUACUUUAUAUUUAGAGAAACCUGGAAAGACCACAUUAAUGGUGAAAUUAGUAGACUUUUAAGGGGAGGCUUCUGUGUGCAUGUUUAAUCUCACUUGAAGAUAGAAACAGAGUUUUAGUCUAUGGGCUCAAAUUCCCGGAAAUAGGAAGGGUGGCAGUUCCUGGCCAGAACCUGGUUUCUUCACCUCAGGGCAGGCAAGUGUCCUUCCUUGUGUGGUUGCUAGUGGAAUGCUGAAUUUCCCCACAAUAAUAAUUUUCUUAAUUUUGUCCUUAGAAGAUUCUUCUCAUGUUUCUGUUUCUGCAGUAAAAAAAAA